AUGGGCGGGAACCGACGGCACAUGGGCAGCAUCCCUGGCAAAAGUGAUGUCGGGGAACCGGGAGCUGAUUUGCCUCCAGCACCACCUGUCGAUCUGUGCGAUGAUCAGUUACGGAUGGCUAGCACCAUCAAAUCGUUUCAUUACAAGUUACAGCAACGGAUGACUACUGCAGGUGAUAGGACUUGCACCCAAGAAACGGAGGAGGAGAGGUGGUUUCGCCUAAUUGCCGAGGAGAGCGAGCAAAUGAAGUCGUACACAGCUGCCAUGCACGGCAUUGCUACGCAAUAUUGGGACCCACAAGAGGAUAAGUUGAGGGAUGGAGGGCAAACAAAGAGUUGUGUUACUUGUCCACCCAUCACCACCAGAGUUAUUCCUUCUAAUGAUGCUAUUUGCGUCACAAAGCGUGUGCGGGAUACCGAAACUGUAGUAGUCGGAAGUGCGUGCGAGAGACAGAGAGCAGCUUGCUUGCGGCACAAUGACCGGAUCAAGUAUUCAUUGCAGUGUGUGACCGAGUAUUUUCUUGGAAUCUGUCGCGUACCACCGUUGAUAGCAUCAGGAGACACCAACCGCAGCACCUGCAGUGAGGUAGCAGAUGUGUUGUCUUGCUCAGCGGUGGCGGGGGCCGUAUACUAUGAGAAGCUUCCCCUCUUAGCCUCUUCGUCGGUGAAGAGGUGGCGAAGGACUUAUUACGAUACUCAUGGUCGGCAGGCAUAUCCUUAUGAGAUCGACGCCGAAGCUUACCGAGUGUUGUUGGCGUCGGAAAGAACCGUGAGAGAUGGUAAUACUGCAGCGCCAGUGUGCCCGCUAUCGUCGUCUGGGCUUGUUACUACCGGCACUGCCGGAGGUACAGCAGCUAACUACAUGACGAUGUCACGCACGGAGGCUUGCCGCCGGAUCAAUCUUGACUGCCCGCAUCCACGGUUACUUGGCCAGCAGAGGGUCCCACCGUUGCUUGUUCUCGACAUUGGUUCGUGUUACGGUCCGUUUGGUGGUAGGAUCGUUACGAACGGCGUUCUGCAGGUGCCGUUGGCGGUGACGGCGCUAGAUUUGAGUCCCUACGAGGGUAGUGGUGUCAUUAAGGCUGACUGGCUCGCUAUCCGUUUUCACGAUAGUGACGGAGCUACGGGGCGGUGUAGUUGUGAUGAUGAGGGCUGUAUAAGUGGGACGACUUUCGAUGACCAUGGCCACGCUGAUUGCGGUGUAUCACUCGUUAGGUGGUGUGAUGAAGAGAGUGGUAAAUACGAAGGGACGGGAAGUGCCAGGAGGAUUCUUUCUCUUGCGCGUGGUGCGUUCGAUGUGGUUUUCUUUUGCCUGCUGCUUUCAUUCUUGCCACAUCCUAGGUUACGAUACCGUGCCUGCCUGCAUGCCUACCUGGCCCUGAAGGACGGGGGUCUGCUUGUGAUUGUUAGCACGCGGACUCAGGGCGCUCGACGCAGCCUCUGGGUUGACGAAUGGAUUAAGUGCAUAGAAGGAAUCGGGUUUAAGAGAGUGCACAAAAACGUAAUGAAACAGAUUGUCGGGUUGAGUUUCAGCAAACAGCCAGCCAGUGAGGUCAGCGGUGACGACUCUGUGUUGUGUGGUGCGGAGGCGUGGGUGGAACGCAUGAUGAACCGCGCAGAUGCGCUAGGUGGUCUCCGCACCAUCGGCGAUGAAAGCCCAUGGUGA